CUUUCCUUCCUUGAGUGCGCUAGUAAAUUGUACAAAUUUGUUAUCUUUCUAUUUGAACAGAAAAUGGAGACAUCCCAGAGGCCCAUGCUUGUGUUUUUAGGGAUAUGCAUUUUCUCAUUGCAAUGGAUACUGACCCAUCAGCAAGUCAAUGUGGCCUUAGGAGGAAAAGCAACACAAUCUUCUUUAUACGGCAACUAUUACUAUGCUUACUUUGCUACCGAUGGCAACAGAGCAUCUCAGUUGCUUUCCUACUCAUGUACACACACAAAUAUUGAGAAUAAUCCAUGGUGGAGAGUGGAUUUGUUGGCAGUGUAUGAUAUUAGCACUGUAGUCAUCACUAACAGAGGAGACUGCUGUCCAGAACGGAUAAAUGGUGCUGAGAUUCACAUUGGCAACUCCUUAGUCAACAAUGGCAACAAUAACCCCAGAUGUGCCGUUAUCUCUAGCAUCCCUGCUGGUGCCUCUGCAAAGUACAUCUGCAAUAUGAGAGGUCGUUAUGUGAACAUCAUCAUUCCCAAUGUUAACCAGGUUCUCACUCUCUGUGAAGUGGAAGUGUAUGGGCGUCCAGUGCUUACUAAGACGGCAUUUCUGAGAUUAAAGUUUAACAGCAGCGAGGAUCUCAUCAACCCUAUCAUGAGGGACAAAGUUCUUCAAAAGAUGAAAUCUGCCAACAUCCAGUCAUCAGUAUUUCAGCUCCGUUGGACAAAGGAACCAGAACUGGAAACUGAAACUUAAAAAAGGGUGGCAGAAAUACGUCUUAAAUAUGUAGAAGACAUGGUUGAAGAACAACAACGACAAAAAAGAACAUCAAAUGUGUGAGGUUUGGGUGUAGAAUAUGGAACUACUAGCUUGCUGAUGAUAUAUUCUUAUUGGUUAGAAGUACAGCUUUUUUUUUCUGGAAAUGUAUCUAAGAAAAAUUAUUGUUAUUCCUAUGUAUUAUGUGAUAGAUUGAUGUAUUUAAAAUGCCCUCUUGAUUGUUGGGUUUAGUUAAGCCUAGGUUAUGGUUAUGGUGGGUCUAUGUUAGUUACAUUUCUCUCAGAAAUACUAUUGAGUAGAUAUAUUCAGUAGCCUUUCUGGAAAAGUGAGAAUAUCUGUGUAAACAUAAUGGAAAACAAAACAUUCAAAUUAGCCUGUUUGUAAGAAUUGCUAAUUCAUGUGUAUAUAAAGGGGUACAGAUGAAUUAGCAGUUCUUACAACCAGCUGCUGUUUAUAUUGCAGUAGUACAAAGAUGUUUUGAAGGGUAACAGGGUAAAACAAAAAACUGUAAAAUGAUAAGUAGUGCUAGGGAUCAUGAACGUUUCUUUCUUUCUUUUUUUUUUUUAAUAUUUUUUAAUCAUCAGUUUCUAAUGUUGUCAAGACACCUAAGGCAAUACUCCUUGUCACCUCCCAGCCAAUCAGAAAUGUUGAGAACCAACCAAUCAUCACAAUCUUGAUGAAUUUGGGUAUGUUUGAAAGCAUUUUUAAAACACAAAAAGUGCUGAGAUGUAGAAAUGAGGUUUUACUCACUGGCAUUUUACUCACUGGGAUAGAUGUCCGCUAUCUUUGUGUCUGCUAACUUUGUUCCUUCCCUUAAUUACUUACCUUCUUGAGAAUUUCCAAAAUGUUUAGACUGAUGAUUCUCAGUAAAGCACAUUACCAAUUAUUAAUGGGCUUGCUUGCUUAUUUAUUUAUUUAUUUAUUUAUUUAUUUAUUUGUUAGUUAGUUAGUUAGUUAGUUAGUUAUUUUAGUUAGUUAUGGGAUUUUUUAUUUUAUUUAGUAUGUGUACAUUUUACAUGAAACUUUUACUUUUAAACUUAUUUAGCUCAUCCUUGUUCACAGCAUUUCAUUCCCUUAACAAAUAUUUCACAUUGGUACUAUCAGAAUCUUACUUAACAUGUAACAUAUUCAGUAAUCUGUAACUAAGACCCAAUAAAGAAAUUUUUAUUAUGCAGAUUUAGGACAACAUCCAGGAAUAUCAGGACUGAUUUUUGUCUAAAAUCAAAGACUGACAAUAUCCCAUCUGUUUGUUUCAAUAUUGUAUGACUUAUUUAGCCAAAUCUAAACUCACCUCUGGAUUUGUGUAACUGAACAUUCAGCAUAAUGAAUUUUCACUAUCCUGUUUCUUGUUUCUUUACUUAUAAAUAAAAAAAGGUAUGUG